AUGGUUACCUCGGACGACUCCGAUUCAGAAUUCUUCCAAGAAAAUUGCACUGCUAGUUGCGGUACCUCCAAAAAAGCAAUCUUUAAACAAAUUGUCACAAACAACAUUCCAGAUACAAUUCAUAAAAUUCAUCAGGCAGCAUAUCAUAAGGUAGACAAAACGCACAUUAAAGUUCCGAUUGUAAAAAAACUGAAAGAGAAAACAACAACAAAGAGACCGUCAUCAGCAGCUCACCAAGCUGCUCAGGAAGUAAAUGCAGUUUUGGAAGAACAUGAAAAACAGCAAAAGCAAGCCGAAAUGAUGGAAACUAUUGUCGAUGAUAUAAGUAAAUGUAAUGAUGACGCUGACUCCAUUGGUUCCGCUUCCGAUCUAAGGACAGAAGAUGACUUCUUCGAUGAGAAUCAUGUAAGUCAUAUAUCCCGAAAUAAUUGUAAAUUAAAACGACCCGAUUUGGACGGCGUAAGCGAAAGCGUGAAGACUUGCAGCUCAUCCGCAUACCAUGCCGAAUGUGAAUCGGUAACGACACACGAAGAUGAUAGUAGCCGCGUAGUGGUAAAAGUGCGUAUGCGAAAAAAAGACAGAAACUCUUGUGCUGCUUCCGCAAAUGAAGCCUUAGCUGUUGCAUCUGCCCUUUCGGACUUGAGCUGUGAACAAGAUGAACAUCCUUCAGAAUUCCUCAAUGCGUUUGGCGAUAAACCUCUACUUUUGGAUGACGAAUUAGACUAUGGCUCAGAGGAGACAGACUCUGCCUCCAAAUCUAUACCAAACGCUCACAUCGAUACCAACAUAAAUACAUUCGAAGAAAGUAACGCUCUUAAAAUUGUUGUUAAUUGCAAAGACCAAGACGAACUAGAUGUUUUUGCAAUGGCACCGUUCAAUAAAAAAGAAAUUGGGAAUAUCAAAAAGAAACUACAUGGCAAAUAUAGCUCCAGGAAAAAAUCUAUUGACACAGUUGCAGGGAAUAUUCCGGACUCAAGUACGGAAAUGUGGACAUCGACGCCCAUUAAAUGUUUUGUUAAAACAAGUGAAAAAGAUGGUCCAACCAUUGUUUCGGGCCCAGACCAAGUUUUAGACAAUUUUAAUGAACCUGUCUUUAACCCUUUCGAAUAUGUUGAUAACAAACAACGUAGUAACAACAUUCAUAAGGAAGUACAAAGCUCAUCUCUUUACGGAACAGUAAAAGUCAUUUCAAAUAAUCCUGUUGAACCCUUGAACUCGGUAUGCCCUAAAAGCAAUUUUUUUGAAUCGGAUCCAUUCAUCAGAAGUGCAGAAGAGUGUAGCAAAAAGAAAAAUAUGAAUCUAUACAAUCCUAAAGUAAAUAUCUAUAAAAGUUCUAAUACCACUAAAGAAGUCGGAACGGAUCCAACAGCUCAACUUGUAACUGCUAACUCUUCCAUUAUUAUAAAUAAAACACCGGAACCAUAUAACGUGUCUAAGGAGGGCAGCAUUGUUACCAGGGCUCUAGCACCACAUAGUGGGUUGCCUGUAAAUGAGAAAAAAGAUCCACCUCCAUACGCCAAUGUGCCUAUAUUCCAACCAAAUAAGUCUUCACAUGUUGAGCUUCCACAAAGGCAAACUGUGGUAAAUAGUUCCUUAGGUACGCCAGAACUCCUAACGGGUUGUACUCCAUAUCCAUUGGAAACAUGCUAUAAUGAUGAUCAAACUAUUCUCCCUAUAGCAGACAAAACGUUGGUGCAAGUUACAGAAGAACGUAUGUCAGAAUAUCCAAAUAAAUAUGAAAAAUUACGUAGCAACGAAAUGGUUACCUCGGACGACUCCGAUUCAGAAUUCUUCCAAGAAAAUUGCACUGCUAGUUGCGGUACCUCCAAAAAAGCAAUCUUUAAACAAAUUGUCACAAACAACAUUCCAGAUACAAUUCAUAAAAUUCAUCAGGCAGCAUAUCAUAAGGUAGACAAAACGCACAUUAAAGUUCCGAUUGUAAAAAAACUGAAAGAGAAAACAACAACAAAGAGACCGUCAUCAGCAGCUCACCAAGCUGCUCAGGAAGUAAAUGCAGUUUUGGAAGAACAUGAAAAAAAGCAAAAGCAAGCCGAAAUGAUGGAAACUAUUGUCGAUGAUAUAAGUAAAUGUAAUGAUGACGCUGACUCCAUUGGUUCCGCUUCCGAUCUAAGGACAGAAGAUGACUUCUUCGAUGAGAAUCAUGUAAGUCAUAUAUCCCGAAAUAAUUGUAAAUUAAAACGACCCGAUUUGGACGGCGUAAGCGAAAGCGUGAAGACUUGCAGCUCAUCCGCAUACCAUGCCGAAUGUGAAUCGGUAACGACACACGAAGAUGAUAGUAGCCGCGUAGUGGUAAAAGUGCGUAUGCGAAAAAAAGACAGAAACUCUUGUGCUGCUUCCGCAAAUGAAGCCUUAGCUGUUGCAUCUGCCCUUUCGGACUUGAGCUGUGAACAAGAUGAACAUCCUUCAGAAUUCCUCAAUGCGUUUGGCGAUAAACCUCUACUUUUGGAUGACGAAUUAGACUAUGGCUCAGAGGAGACAGACUCUGCCUCCAAAUCUAUACCAAACGCUCACAUCGAUACCAACAUAAAUACAUUCGAAGAAAGUAACGCUCUUAAAAUUGUUGUUAAUUGCAAAGACCAAGACGAACUAGAUGUUUUUGCAAUGGCACCGUUCAAUAAAAAAGAAAUUGGGAAUAUCAAAAAGAAACUACAUGGCAAAUAUAGCUCCAGGAAAAAAUCUAUUGACACAGUUGCAGGGAAUAUUCCGGACUCAAGUACGGAAAUGUGGACAUCGACGCCCAUUAAAUGUUUUGUUAAAACAAGUGAAAAAGAUGGUCCAACCAUUGUUUCGGGCCCAGACCAAGUUUUAGACAAUUUUAAUGAACCUGUCUUUAACCCUUUCGAAUAUGUUGAUAACAAACAACGUAGUAACAACAUUCAUAAGGAAGUACAAAGCUCAUCUCUUUACGGAACAGUAAAAGUCAUUUCAAAUAAUCCUGUUGAACCCUUGAACUCGGUAUGCCCUAAAAGCAAUUUUUUUGAAUCGGAUCCAUUCAUCAGAAGUGCAGAAGAGUGUAGCAAAAAGAAAAAUAUGAAUCUAUACAAUCCUAAAGUAAAUAUCUAUAAAAGUUCUAAUACCACUAAAGAAGUCGGAACGGAUCCAACAGCUCAACUUGUAACUGCUAACUCUUCCAUUAUUAUAAAUAAAACACCGGAACCAUAUAACGUGUCUAAGGAGGGCAGCAUUGUUACCAGGGCUCUAGCACCACAUAGUGGGUUGCCUGUAAAUGAGAAAAAAGAUCCACCUCCAUACGCCAAUGUGCCUAUAUUCCAACCAAAUAAGUCUUCACAUGUUGAGCUUCCACAAAGGCAAACUGUGGUAAAUAGUUCCUUAGGUACGCCAGAACUCCUAACGGGUUGUACUCCAUAUCCAUUGGAAACAUGCUAUAAUGAUGAUCAAACUAUUCUCCCUAUAGCAGACAAAACGUUGGUGCAAGUUACAGAAGAACGUAUGUCAGGUUUGUUACCAAACCAAGAAGAAGCGAUUUUUUCUCCAUCUAACGAUAUUGCUUAUGUUGACCCACGGGAAUUAAAAAGUUGUACCAUUGUUACUACAGCCACAUUGCCGGCGACAAAGCAAAAUGAGAAAAAGUCUAAUUUUGUUGCAAGAACUGUGCCUACAAAAUUUUACAAAAAGGUUUCUUCCGAUUAUUUACAUUCGAGUUUUAACACGAAAGAUUCAGCUUCAAACGUAAGCGUUAUUUCUUCAAAGCAAAAGCAUCAGCGUUCUCCAAAGUAUAAAGCACAUACCAAUGAGUGUGACGAUGAUGGAACAGGGAACAUAAUUCCAAACAUCACUGCAAAUUUACAAAAGAAUACGCUUUCUUCUUCAGCUAUUCCCUUUAAUCCAGCUUCAAAUUCGGCUAAGACGGGCUUUAGUAAUAUGUCAUUUGAGGAUUUUCCAUCUGAUAAUGAAACAGAAGGAACGCCCACAAAAACUGCCCUGCCAUUUGAAGUUCUGCGCCAAAACAAAAUUUCUCUGGAUGCAGACAAAAAUUUGGUUCUCUAAAGCGACGUAGUAAUUUGUUUUCCUAGAAAACUGCUACAUGUUUCAGCUUAUGAUCACAGAAACCCUCAUAAAAUCUAAAAACACAAACAUUAGAUAUAACAUUCCAAACGGCCUUAAUACCAUUGCAUACUUUAACAUUUUCUGUUGAUCUUAAUAUAUAUAUAUAAAAACAUGCUCAUUGUUGAAAAUAUGGAAAAGGAUGUACGUUUCCGUAAAAGCUUAAACGAGUGCAACUCUUUAAAUGUUUAUUUAUUUUUAUACGAUCUGGUAUUGUAGUAAGAAACAAGCUGACUUGCUUCAUACAGCAAAUUAUGAGUAUGUUUCCUAAAAGAAGCAAUAUAAAAUGUAGCCACAGUGCUGACAUUCUGUUAAAAAAAUACUUAUUUGUCGACUUAGGGGAAGUAAAUUAUAGAAACAAUAUGCUACGCUCUAGCAACAAAUCUUACCAUAAAUUUCUACACAAAAUAUUUAUAAAAACUUGGAAUUUAUAACAUUAGCAGCUCUAUAUAAAUCAUUUAAACUUUAUCAUUAAUAUAAAUUAUAUUAUCACAUCAUGUUGUGGUGUAAUAUGUACCCAUUACGACCUAAUCGCUAACUAAAAUUCUGCGAAGUUAGGCUAAAGAAGCCUGGCACCUUUUGAUGGAAUUUAAUAAAGUUAUUUUUCUUGUAUCGUGUCCUUGCGGUCUUCAAUAAUAAAUACGCUAAAUAAUGAGGGCGUAUAAAAAAAGAUGGAAAGGUCGACCAAAAAUAUUUUUUAUUCAUGCUUUUAUUUAUACAGAGAUAACAGAGUAAUUAUCUCACAUUUUAUUAUUGAAUUUAACAACACAUAUAGUAUAUUAUUUAUCAUUGUCUAAGCAUUAUAAAUGUAACGUUGUUUUGACACAUUUGUUUCGUUUAUGUUAAUUAAAACUCAAAUAAAUAUUAUGUUUAACCAAAA